ACUGCGCACUCUGAGUCCAUCGGUUCAAACAGCCGAACACGGUGUCGCGGUCGGGGGCUUUAAACGAGCCGUCAGUCCCGCUCCCACACCACGGCAGUCAUGGCGGCGCCGUUAGCGCACUUCGACGAGGACUGGCAGGAUUUUAACGAGUUUAAGCCCUCCUUCGAGUCAGCAGAGCAGCUGGACCGGCUGAACUCAAAUGUGGGGGAAACGCCGUCGGGCCUAGACGAUCUGUCCGACUUUGACAGCAGCUUCUCCGGGGAGAUCUGCAGCUUCAAGUCGAUGGAGGACCUCGUCCACGACUUCGACGAGAAGCUGACGGUGUGUUUCAGAAACUACAACACCACGACGGAAAACAUAGCCCCCAUUAAACCUAUCACCGAGGAUAGCUAUUUGAAAGACGACGAGGUGUGGAACAUGCUAACGGACAACUAUGGUAACGUGAUGCCUGUGGACUGGAAGACGUCGCACAUUAGAGCCUUACACCUUCCCGUCCUGAACCUUACAGAACAUGAGAAGUUGGACAAUCAGUCUGUGGAUCUGUCUGAGGAUGAGGAGCUGAGGGAACAGAUGGACAUGCACUCAAUCAUUGUCUCUUGUAUCAGCGAUGAGCCACUGUUCACUGCCGAACAGGUGAUAGAGGAGAUAGAAGAGAUGAUGCAGGAAUCUCCGGACCCAGAGGAUAAUGAGAGCCCCUCUCAGUCGGACCUGUCCGUGCUUUCUCAGGACGUUCAUCCUCUGAAACGCUCCGGCUCCAACACAAGCUACGAGGACCGUUUGCGUCAGCUGUCCGUGUCUGUGCUGACAGACACUCUGGAGGAGGUGGAGAUGGCCAUUCGCCGCUACAGCGAAGAGCUGAUCCAGGCUCUGGCACUACGAGAUGAACUGGAAUAUGAAAAGGAGGUGAAAAAUAGUUUCAUCUCGCUGCUAAUCGAAGUGCAGAACAGACAGAAGGAGCACCGCGAGCUGCUGCGCAAGAAGAAGAAGAUCCGAAGUACAACCACAAGUGGGCCCAACGGCCAGAGGACUGUGUCCACACACAUCCCAGGCACGCUCCUCACUCUGGAGGGACUUUCCACUGUCAUUCAAAACGGCCUCCGUCAAACAUUUGGCAGCACAGGAGGGGACAAACAGUACCUGACCACAGUAAUCCCUUAUGAGAAGAAAGCAGGUUCCCCAUCAGUAGAAGACCUCCAGAUCCUCACGAAAAUUCUCCAUGCCAUGAGGGACGACAGUGAGAGGGUACCUGGCCUGUUGACAGACUACAUUCUGAAAGCUCUGGUAUGAGCUCAGGGGACAUGCAGUUCUUUGCCCUACGUAAAAGCGAAGGUGCGCUGCCGUGUUUCCAGAGCGUUCCAGUGGAACAUCAGAAGACUGUUCCGCCGUUCUGGAAAACCUCGGAUGGUGGAUCCUGAAAUCCAAACCUCCUAAUAUUUGUAGAAUUCCCACAUCACUCCUUCUCUCUGUGGCCAUUCUUCUUCUGCCACAUUGUUGUUACUCAGAUUUUAGCUCCAGAUAUUAUUACCCCUUUGUCUCUGCAAUGUUUCAUUUGUAAUUCUUUAACUUUUUAUGCCCCAGUAGAUCAUGAUUGCAUGAGGAUUUAUGUAUAGUCACCGCUAAUCUGUAUUGGAAAUCUUAAUGAGUCUUGCAGGCUCUUUAAAAGUUCCGUGAUACUGUGGUUUUUAAACUUCUGCUAGCUUCAUUAGUAAGCCUAUGUGAGGUGAAACAAUCUGACCUUGAAUCUUUGCUUUUCUGCCAUUCAUACCUUGUGAACAAAUCACGUCAGAAUCUCUGACUCUUGAACAAGGCCAAUCAAGGUUUCAGGUAGUCCUGUUAUUCCCCCCCCCCCCCCCCCCCCCCCUUUGGAAACCUUCACUUUGCUGCCAUUUUUUGUUGUUGUCAGCAGAUCAAAGAGAAUCUUUUUAUCCUUAAUUCUAGCAUCUUAAUGUCUUUGCAUGUUGACUUUGGAUUUGUGCUUAAGAAUGCCGUUGGCCUAAUCUUAAAGUGAAAUAUUUUCUAUACUGUUUAGAAAUUGCACAGUUUUGGAAACUUUCUACUUUUUUGCAAAAGGGAAACAAAACGAUAUCGAAAGUAAAUAGCUGGGAGAACAAAUGUUUAAAGCAUAUUUUUGGAUGAGAAGUUGUAUUUAUUUAGUGAUUACAUUGCAACAUCCCGUAGUGACGCCUCCCCAAAACAACCGUAACACCUCCUCAGGACGCGACAGAAGUUCCAUUCUCAUCUUAAUAGAAAAUGAGUUAGCUGCUCAUAUUGUUAGAAGAAUUUAGUAAGAUUGUGUUGUUAUAAUGUGUUGUCAAUUUUAGGGAUCUCAUGA